UCGCGGUUCGGCCACGGUGUCCUAUACUCCUAUCGGUGCGUGGUGUUGUUCACGAGCUGUCAUCAUCGCUAAAAAAAAAUCAGAGAGAGAGAGAGAGGACACUGGACAGAAGUGGACGGAACACGCACACACGCCGAAUGCUGCAAAUGAAAAUCAAGAUCUGAUCGAUAAUAGCCGAGAGAGAUCUGACAAUAGGAAGCAAAGAUGGAAGGAGAUUCGGAAAAUAAUGUCCCUAAUAAAGAUGCCAAGGCAAUUUCUUGGCCGUACAUGAACGUCAACUCGCUGACUAUAUCGUUUCUAACUAAACUGGCGGCAGUUGGUAUCAUCUGGGGAUGGGGAUACUUCAAUUACAGCAUAGCCUGGUUGAUCGCGCCAAUCGCACUUUCCGUAUGGAAGGCAGAACGGAAAAGGGACAAUGAAUUGCGAACGAUUACAGCACAGGCGAGUGUGCUGGCUAAGGAAAAGGAAUUGAUUGUCAGUCGAAUGAACGAACUGCCCUCGUGGGUGUACUUCCCGGACUUCGAUAGAGCCGAGUGGCUAAACAGAAUCUUAUAUAAGGUAUGGCCAAGUAUGAAUCAGUUCGUCCGUCAGCUGUGUAAGCAAACCAUAGAACCGUCGAUUGUGGAGAAACUGACUGAAUAUAAGAUUAAAGGCUUUCAAUUUGAUCGUCUAGUUCUGGGUCGCAUUCCACCAAAAAUAUAUGGGAUCAAAGUAUAUGAUAAAAAUACCUCAAGAAACGAGAUCAUCUUAGAUGCAGACAUUAUGUAUGCUGGUGACUGUGAUAUUACCUUUUUCGUUGGGAACAUCAAAGGUGGUAUUAAGGACUUUCAAAUACAUGGUUUAGUGCGCAUUGUUAUGAAACCCAUGCUGCCCAUGAUGCCGUUAAUCGGAGGUGUACAGAUAUUCUACUUGAAUGUUCCUACUAUUAACUUCAAUUUAGUAGGAGUGGCUGAUGUAUUAGAUCUACCUGGAUUCAAUGAAAUUUUAAGGAAGACAAUCGUUGAACAGAUAGCAGCCAUUGCUGUAUUGCCGAACAAAAUAAUUAUACCCUUAAGCGAAGAAGUACCCAUGGAAUCCCUAAAAAUACCUGAACCUGAGGGCGUGUUAAGAAUUCAUGUUGUAGAAGCGAAGCAUCUGAUGAAAAAAGAUAUUGGAAUGUUAGGUAAGGGCAAGUCCGACCCGUAUGCCGUCAUAAAUGUCGGUGCCCAGGAAUUCAGAACGAAAACAAUCGAUAAUACCGUUAAUCCAAAGUGGGACUUCUGGUGUGAGUUUAUAGUGGAAGAGGGCUUGGGAGCUUACAACACGAUGGUUACCCAGCUCUUUGACAAAGACAACGCUGCUCAAGAUGAUCCACUUGGCAGGGCCACUAUCGAAGUCAAUCAAGUGAAGAAAAAGGGCACGAUCGAUACGUGGGUCUCGUUGGAGCAAGCGAAGCACGGCAUGGUUCAUUUGCGAUUAAUGUGGCUACAAUUUUCGAAAGAUCCUGCCGAUUUGAGAGCUGCUUUAGUGGAAACUCAAGAACUCAGAGUCACGUCGAUGAGUACAGCUCUUCUCACGCUCUACGUCGAUUCUGCUAAAAAUUUACCGUGCAUGCGAGGAAAUAAACAACCCGACGUUUACUUGGAAGCGAGCGUCGGUGGAAAGAAGGAGAGAACAGCCACUGUACCACGUUCCUGCGACCCCGUGUGGGAACGAGGAUUCACCUUUUUAGUUAGCAAUCCCGAAACUGGAAUUCUACAUAUAAAGAUUAUAGACGAGAAAACUGUCAUGACAGUUGGGGAAAUGAGUUACAAUCUUUCUCUACUUUUGGAAAAGCAUAAUCUCGAGGUGACGCAGCAGCCGUACGAUUUGCAGAAAGCCACAGCGGACAGCAAGCUCGUGCUGACAAUGUCGUUAAAUAUCUUGAAACAUGAACAGCCUGAGCCUUGCGAGGAAGACGAGGACGACCACGACAUCAAUGAAUUGAAUAAACGAAUCGAACGUCAGGAGUCCACCAUUAGUAACAUGCUAUCUUCCAGUGUACCGUCGAGCCCGCUUAAAAAGCAGCCUUCGAAAGAAUCGGUCAACAGUCAACCUCGCACUGGAUCCGCCGCGGCACUUUUGCCCGAGGAACCAGCGGCGGUACAAGAGGAAGAGUUAAUACUGAGCACCAGCGCUCCGUCCUCUUUCACCGGGAGCCCGCAGCUUAUCCACAGAAAUCCGAGUAUCACGUCUUCCUCGGGCGACGCGAAGUUAGGAAGAAUACAAUUGACUAUACGUUACAGUAUGCAAAGGCAGAAGCUUACCGUUUUCGUGCACAAAGUCGCUAAUCUACCGCUUCCCCAAAACGAUCCGCACAAUAUACCGGACCCGUACGUAAAGCUAUACAUCCUGCCGGACAAGCAUAAGGAAACGAAGCGCAAAACCGCUGUGAUCAAGGACAACUGCAAUCCAACGUUCGACGAGCAAUUUGAGUAUAUAGUUUCGCAGGGUGAGCUAAACACGCGCGUGUUAGAGGUGUCGGUAUGCACGCAGAAGGGCUGGCUGUCCACCGGUAGCAACGUGAUGGGACAGAUUCACUUGAAAUUGGGCGAGAUCAACACCUCGAAGACGGUCACCAGCUGGUACGAUUUACAACCGGAAAUCAAAGACUAGAAGAAGAGGAAACGUAAGUGGGGAUUCGAGCGUUUGUGCGUCUGCCUGACGAAACAACCGCUUAAAUUCCCACUUGACAACUUUUACAAACGAUGAAAGUCUCAAAUGUUACAAUUAUCCUCUCUAUAUUCCGUUGAUCGGUAUUGUUAAAUUGACGAUUUGUUGAUGUAAGUUACUACGCGAUGCUAUGCGAGACGCGAGACGUCCUGUGAGAAACGACAAAAGAUAUUAUUUACAGAGAUUAUUUGUACUUAAAGCCGUCUAUUGGCAUGAAAUGAUCUGAUAUAUAAUGUUGCCGCGACUGACAAAGCAGAGGCGGAAAUUGGGGCUUAGUAGCUUUUAGUAACUUAAAAUUUAUAAUAUAUAAAUUUAUCAAAAUAUUUAAAUGCGAUACACGCGCGCGAAAAGAUCGGAUUUUAAUAAAGGCUUUAUAACGUGUUAUUGUACUUAUUGUUAUCUUGUUUUGGAAAAUGUGCGAUAGAUACACACGCGAAAAGAUCGGAUUUUAAGAAAGGCUUCAUAACGUGUUAUUGUACUUAUUGUUAGUCUGUUUUGGAAAAUGUGCCUAAAAAAACAGUUAAACGCUGGACGUUUAAUUGAAAAAUCCAUUUGGCAUGCAAUGCGUGUUACGUCAGUGAAUCUCAAUUAUGAGCGAGUAUAUGACUUGGGAAUACAAGAAAAAAAUGUGAUUAAACGCACACGCGUAAGGGACAUUGAAAUUUCUCUCGCCCCAAUGCCGCACGUCUGGCAUAUAUUUUGUACUUUGUGCUUGCGUGAUGAUUAAGUUGCGGCACAAAGUGCACAACUGUGCACAGACUAUGAUCUGAAUAAAAUAUUAUAAUAUAUGACAUAAAUAUAUAUAUACAUAUAAUUUAUAUAUGCUUAUGAAAACUAGUUACGUAAGUUAAUAUUUUUGCGAUAUAUUGUGUUCCAUAUUAUUCCUUUACAUUUUGUGCCACCGUUUUGUUACUAAUAAAGUUAAAUAAUGCAUUUACCAA